GAUGAGAAACAAGCUGAAGUUCAGCAGCUCCAGAAUCAGAUUCAGAGGAUGGAGUCCAACCUGCAGACCCUGAUGGAGACUCUGUCCAAAAACAUGGAGUUGGAAAGAAGCAGAGUCACUUCAGCCCACUCUUCCUCCUCUGCUUCAAAGUGGCCAAUAGUUUCCAGGAAGAAGUUCCAGGAGGAGCAGCAGAGGAGGGAGGACGCUGAGAACAAGGUUCAGAUCCUGGAGGAGAAGCUGCAGACUCAGACUAAGAAGCUGGAGAGCAACAAACAAGCAGAUGACAAAUUGAGGACAACUGAGAGAGACCUGACGGAGCGUCAACUGAAGAACAAGGAUACAGAAAUCAGCGAGCUAAAGAGAGAUAUGCAGGAGCUGUUCCAGCGUAAACAGCAGGAGGCAAAGGAAGCUGAGAGAGUCAUGAAGGAACUGACUGACAAAAACACUGAGUGGCAGAAGAAGCUCAGCGAUGAGAGGACCAAAAGGGAGGAAGCUGAGAGACAAGUUGAGGCCUUAAAGAAGGAGCUGACGACUAAGCCAAAGACAAAUGAAUCUGUGCCAGUGCAGCACGGAGCCAGCUCACCCACAGGACCUGUCAUUGUACUUGAGGUCGACCCAUAUGGCAGAUAUAUCCGUCUAAAGAACAGAUCAAAUAUGGAACAACAGCUGAGAGACUGGAAAUUACAUGUUCAGGUCAACAAGACAAUACCUAUCACAUAUCAAUUUGACCACCCACGCAGACUCCAGUCUGGAGAAACUGUCAGAAUAUGGUCCCCAGGAUAUCGUCACCAUCAUACUUACAGUGACUUGGAGUGGAGAGAGCUGAAGUCCUGGAGCCUUACAGACCAACUGCAGAUCACUCUCAUCAGCAACACUGGACAGACUCAACAUCAACUCAGUUUAUAACCUCUGACAGAUGAGAUGAAACCUGCUGUCAUAGUUUUUGUUUUCUUAUCUUACCUUUUUGCUCCUUUUAAACACAGUAGUCUCCCAUUUAACUCCUUUUUUAACCAGCAGGGAAAUGAGCAUGACAGGAAGUUACCACAUCAGGAACAGCAUGACUCAGAUCUUAAAACUCCACAUUGUAGUAAUAUUUAGUAAACAUUAAAUGACAUCAUUUACUAUCACAUCAAAAUCUUUUUCAUGAAUAUCAAUUCAAACAUUAUUAUAGUAUUUUCUUCUCGUUAUAUAUUUGUAUGUUUGUUUGAAGCGUGGUGAAUAUCUGCAUUUGUUUUAUUUUUACUAUUUAUAUAUUUUACUUAAAGGAAACAGCCUUAAAUAAUUGUUAAAGAAAAAUAUUCUGAAAUCUCAUUUACUGAACUGUUGUACAGACAAAAUGUGAAAUAAACUCAGACUCAAAGUGUGAGUCACCCAGGAA